GAGGAUCGAGAAGAAUGAGGAUGUGAGGAACGUUUCCGCUUCGUACUCCUCGGGCUUAUGGGAAUCCCUUCCUCUGCUUCCCCAACUCACGGCUUCGGAUUCCACCUCGUCCGGCGGAGGACGACGCCGUGAGUCUUCGGGUUACCUGCUCUUCCGAUUCGAUCGAUCCCGGGGGAUGGGUUGUGGUAGAUCUAGGAUCUCCUCAUUUCAAAUGCGUCGUUUCUGAUGCCUUCCUUUUCUGGCUUGUUUGGUUUCGGAUGCUAAUAGAGGGUGCAUCAACACCUCCGGAUCUCGGGUUUUCUGAUCGAAAUCGAAGGAGCGGCAGUUGCAUGCUCUGAUGUACGUUGGAUUAAUGAGCAAAUGCAGAGAUCACGAAGAGCUCUUCUACAUAGAAGAGCUGCAUCAGAGAAGAACCUUUACUACAGGAAAAAGUGCUUUUACAAGGUCUCUGCAUCUCUGGUUUUUGUCUUAUGGCUUGUCGUCUUCCUCCUCAAUUUGUUAAUUAGCAAGGGCAAUGGUUUUAGAGAUGCAGAUGAACAGGAUGCUGCACUUAGUGAGAUCAGCUUGCAUGAAGUUCCAUCUUAUCCUGAUAAGGUAAUGAUGGAUUCUCAAGAUCCUUUGCAGUCGUCAGCUACCAGUUCAACUGACAAUCACCAAAAGACCAUAGUUUUGAAAGGUGUAGAUGUUAGGAGCGAUGAAGAGGUUUUGGUCAGUGAAAGCAGCAAGUUGGACACAUCUCCAGAUCAGAGAGAUGAUGUCUCUUAUAUGGGCAAUAACUUGGAAAAAGAGACUCCUCCAAGAAGUGAUAGAUUGUCUCGUAUUACACCUCCUGGUCUUGAUGAAUUCAAAAGCAAGGCCAUCUCUUCAAAAGAAAAGGUUGUCUCCAGGGAAACAGGAACUGUCAUUCACCGAGUAGAGCCUAAUGGUAAAGAGUACAAUUAUGCUUCCGCUAAUAAAGGGGCAAAGGUGCUAGCUUAUAACAAGGAAGCUAAGGGUGCUUCCAACAUCUUAGAUAAGGAUAAGGACAAGUAUUUACGUAAUCCAUGCUCAGCUGAGGAGAAAUAUGUUGUUUUAGAGCUCUCAGAAGAAACAUUGGUGGACACGAUUGAGAUUGCAAAUUUUGAACACUACUCUUCCAACUUUAAGUAUUUUGAUCUGUUUAGCAGUUUAGUUUAUCCAACAGACAGUUGGGUUAAAUUAGGGAAUUUUACUGCUGCAAAUGUCAAACAUGCACAGCGUUUUUCCCUAUCAGAGCCAAAGUGGGCAAGGUACUUGAAGAUUAAUUUGCUUAGCCAUUAUGGUUCUGAAUUCUUCUGUACUCUUAGCGUGGUGGAAGUUUAUGGAGUUGAUGCAGUUGAGAGGAUGCUAGAGGAUUUGAUUUCAGUUGAAAACAGUCGGUUAGAACCUGAAGAACAGAUUGCUGAACAGUUGAAUGAGCACAAUGAUAAAGAAGACACAUUUGAGGAAAUUCUUACAGAUCUCGAUAACCAAUCACCUCAUGAUAAUUUGAAAUCAAAACGAGAUGCUCCUAAGAAUACUCUGACUAAUCCGUUACUAGAUACAAAGCCAACCCAAGUUGGAAGGAUGCCUGGAGACACUGUUCUUAAGGUUCUAAUGCAGAAGGUUCAAACUCUUGAUUUGAACUUUUCUGUGUUGGAACGUUAUCUGGAGGAACUGAAUAGCAGAUAUGGACGCAUCUUCAAGGACUUUGAUGAUGAUAUCACCAACAAAGAUCUGCUCUUGGAAAAGAUCAGAUUUGAGAUUAAGAAUCUUCAGAACAGCAAAGAAGUUUUUGCCAAUGACAUUGGAGAGCUUCUUUUAUGGAAAUCAGUUGUUUCCUCACAGCUGGAACAGCUAAUCAGAGAGAAUGCAAGACUCAGAUCAGAGAUCAAAGGGAUACAGGAGCAUCAAAUUGACAUGGAGAACAAGGCUCUAGCAGUGAUAUUUGUAAGUUUUGUAUUGGGAUGUGUAGCAGCUUCCAAGUUGCUUAUAAAUAUGCUAUUGAUCAUCUGUAGAUUUCAAACAGCUCAAAGUUUUUGUCAGACAAGCUCUGGUUGGUUUUUGUUGCUGCUGAGCAGUAGCAUUAUAGCAUCUAUUAUGGUUUUGUAGUGUAGUUACAUGUAUUAUGUUUCUGUAGUUGAGGCAAAAAACUUCUGCAAUGCGAUUUUGAUUCAGAGUUUCAGCUGGAAACAUAUUUUGGUUCA